AUGGUGGCCUUCUUGCGUCAUGCCUUGCAACCGGAUGCGGUGAAUACCUAUUUGGCGCCCCAGCCACCGAAACCACAAUUCUCCUUCUUUGAUUGGCUACAAGCCUGUUGCGUCGAAAAGCCCGCAGGGGACCAGGACUACCGUCUUCGACAGAAGGAAGAGGUCGUCUUGGGUCAUUUGCAACAGGAGGUUGCGACAACCUUCAAUGCACACUCGCAAGAACACGAGGACUUCUUGCAGACUUACUUCAAGGUAGCGAUCCCAGCGCUGGACGGCAAAGAUAGGACACUGACGCCCACAGGACGGCGUGAUCCACGCUGGAAGCUACUGGGUUUUCAAGAUGAGGAUCCCCGCACCGACUUCCGUGGGGGAGGCCUCCUAUCCUUAAAGUGCUUGAUUUGGAUGACACAGCUGGAUGCGCAAAGAGUCGCGCAGCUGAUUCGUGAGAGCAGUGGACAAGGGACCCUGAGCCCUGAGUACUGGUAUCCCUUCGCUGCCGCUGUCAUUAAUGUUUGCUUCGAGUUGUCCAAUUGGUUACUGCUGGACCAGCGACGAGCCAACGGCAAGGUUCAGCCUGACGAAGUUUGCAAUGGAUUGGAGUACCGGAGGUUUGCCGAGCUCACCGUGGAGGAGCCCGAAACCUUUCUUUUGCUGGCCACCUCUGCGGUCGUGGCCAUGCACGAGGAUGGAACGUGGAGCGAUCUGAGAAAGCACUUGCUGAGCUUCGGACCACUUGGCAGUUGCCGCCCGGUGAAUACCGAGAGAUGUGUGGAGAGUCCCAAAGGAUGUAGGAGCAAGGCCCAAGGGCCUCGUUCCUUUCGGUUCCUCUCCAGCGAACCCAUGGGCACGGGUGCCAGCACUUUGGACGAUGCGACCCUUUUGAGCUUCAUCUCGGAAGAUUUGGAGCGCGCAGAGCGGCUCUUGCUCGAGGCACAGCGGGCGGCGGAGAGCGUGGACGUUCGGACUCUGCAGGUGCAGGGCCUUGAUGGUGCGACGUUUCCGCUUCAAGUGGACGCUACGAACACCGUGCGGGAGGUGGUGCUGCGCAUCGCCACCCAUUUGGGACCUAAAGCAGGGCGAAGAUUGGUGCUGACCUCCGGUGGUGAGGUGCUGGUGGAUUCCAAGCCAUUGCUACAACAAGCUCUUGGGGAUGAGAUCACCUAUAUAGCUCAGCACAUGGAUCCUGGUCAUGCAGCCAGGAGCUUCCUGGCCCUAUGUGUUGAGAAACCUGAAAUCCCCACGGUCGGCAUCGAAGCCUCCAUGAGUACAGACGAGUUGAAUGCCAUUGAUGCAAUUGCCUCGUUGAACUUCAGCGCAUUUUUCAAUCAAAGCCUUGUAGGGGUCUUUGGCAGCUCUGGUUUGGGCCAGCUGGACAUCUUCAGCGUUCAGGACCAAAAGAACUGUCCGGAAGCACAGAAUCGUCAAUCCUUGGCAUUGGAGGCAGAGGGCUUGACCCUGACUGGUGAGCAGCGUGGAGGACGUGUGUUGGUGGCAUUGGAAACCUCCGUGGUGUGUCUCAAUCCCAUCCCCUUCGAGCGGCAGGUGAAAGAGCUCUUGCUGCAGGUUUGGGACACCUGCAGGUUUACGACGAGAGUGCGGACGAGCGACGCUUUGGAUUUGAUCAAUGCCACCUACAGCCGCCCUGAGGACCCGGAACGGCAAGUGCAACUGGGGCGCUUCCAUGCCCUUGCCGGAUGGGCCGUUUGCCUUAGUCGGAUGACGGGUCGCUACCUGCCAGACGACUGGCAGCCUCAGACCAGGCCUCCAUUGGAAGGUGCUCCGCAGCGCGGCACUCGCCCGGUGCAGCGCGGUCGGUGCAUCGUGGGUGUCUAUCGGCCCUGCGACAUCACCGACUUCGUUCGGUCGCGACUCCGGGAGCGCAGCGAGCGAAGUGAUGCAGAGGCGGAGGAUGCUUCGGUCUCUGCGCAUCUCCUGGUGGCCAACGCGCUGCGCCCUGAGCAGCGGCCGGGUCCGUCCGGUGCGGCUGAGAAGAUGGGUGGCUGUCAAGGUAAGCCUGCCGCGGCAGAGGCCAAGGCUGCGCCCAAGAAGCGCGAUUCGAGCACCAUCAAGAAAGAUAUCAAGGAUGGUGGCAUCGGGUACGCUCAAUUCAUCAUCGAGAAUACCGGCAAGAUAGCAGAUCACUACCAAAUGGACAAGAAGAAGCUUGGGGAAGGGUCCUAUGGAUCCGUCUCCAAAGCAACGAACAUCUCUACCAAGGCAAUCCGAGCAGUAAAGACCAUCUCCAAAUCUCAGAUGAAAAACAUCGAGCGCUUCAAACAGGAGAUUGCCAUCAUGAAGAUGAUGGACCAUCCGAACAUCAUUAAGCUCUACGAGUCUUUCGAAGAUCUUAGAAAUAUUUACCUCGUCAUGGAGCUCUGUGCCGGCGGCGAGCUCUUUGACCGGAUCAUCGAGUCCGGGCACUUCUCCGAGGUUCAAGCUGCUAUUUUGAUGCAGCAGAUUAUUCGUGCCAUCUACUACAUGCAUGAGAACCGGAUCGCGCACAGAGACCUGAAACCGGAGAACUUCCUUUUUAUGACCAAGGAUCCCAUUGAGAAAAACUUCUUGAAGAUCAUCGACUUCGGGCUCUCCUGCACGUUCAUCCCUGAACAGGCUCUCACCACGAAAGCUGGUACGCCUUACUACGUGGCGCCACAGGUGCUCGCAGGGAAGUAUGACCAGCAGUGUGACAUCUGGAGCUGUGGGGUGAUCAUGUAUGUGCUCCUUUGUGGAUACCCGCCCUUUUUCGGCGAGACAGACGCAGAUGUCUUGGCCAAGGUGCGUCUGGGCAACUUCAACUUCAAUCCCGCCGAUUGGAAAAAUGUGUCGGAUGAUGCCAAAAGCCUCAUCCGAUGGAUGUUGAAGAUGAACCCCCGCGACCGCUAUAGCGCGGCGCAGGCAUUGAACCAUGAGUGGAUCAAGAACAAAGCUCCCAAAGCUCAAGCUGCGCCGCUGCGAUCGAACUUUGUCGACAACCUGCGGGGCUUUCAAUCGCAGAACAAGCUAAAGAAGGCAGCUCUCCACAUCAUCGCUGGCCAACUGAACGAGGAUGAGAUCAAGAAGCUCCGAGAAGCCUUCACUAGCCUCGACAAGAAUGGCGAUGGCCUUCUCACGCAUUCAGAGCUCAAGGACGGCCUUGGGAAGGCAGGGCUCAAGGAGAUCCCUCCAGACCUCGCGGCGAUCAUGGACGGUGUGGACGCCGACGGCAGCGGCGUCAUCGACUACACCGAGUUCCUGGCCGCCACGCUCGACAGGCAGCAGUACAUGAAAGAAGAUGUCUGCUGGGCAGCCUUCAGAGUUUUCGACCGAAAUGGAGAUGGACACAUCUCCACACAGGAACUCAAGCAGGUGCUGCAGAGCAGCGAGGUGGAAGAUGCACUUGGACUGAAAGCCAUCGCGGACUUGAUGGUCGAAGUUGAUAGCAAUGGCGACGGCAUGAUCGACUUCGAGGAGUUCAUGGCCAUGAUGCGAGGGGGAGGCCCCAUGUGAUCCAGCUUCAACUGGAGGUGCUCCUGUGGACCAGGCAAUAUUAACCACCUCCGUCGUUGAUGCCGCGAGGGAUCCAGGCUUGAACAUCGUGUGAAACAGAG